AAUUAUUCACAAUGCAGGGACUAAUAGUGAUGAAUGUCUAAGGUUGGCUUUAGUGAAACUAUUCUUCACGUUGCAAUCAAGGCCGAGGAGGUUGAGAUCGCCAAAGAAUUGAUAGAGAUGAUGUCAAUACCAGAUUUGGAGAAAACAGAUUGCAAUGGUCAUACAGCUCUCUCCUUUGUUGCAUUUCAGGGAAGAAUGUUCUUGGUAGAACCCUUAGUAAAUAAGAAUCCAAAUUUGCUUAACAUAGUAGACAAAGCAGGCAAUAUUCCACUUACUAGGGCGUGUGGUGUUGGCCUUAAGGAGAUGACAGACUACCUCUACCUUAAAACCUCACCUGUUUUCUUGGAUCCAGGAAAACAAAGCAAUCAUGGAUUCCAUCUCAUUCGCUGCUGUAUUGCUAACAAAAUGUUCGGGUUAGAGGUAAAGUUACCCGCCACUGCCAAUAGUGAAGUGCGAGUUCAUGUUACUGAUCAAGGCCAUGAUGAAAAGAACAGUAGAAAACUUGGGGGUUUGGCGCCUGACUUUGAACAUGCUGGAAUCUCUAGCCCAGCAUUACAGAUGCAAAGAGAACUACAAUGGUUUAAGGAGGUGGAAAAAAUUGUUCCAGAAUGGUUCAAAGAAGCUAAAAAUGAAAAUGGUGAAACCCCAAAGGAUGUAUUUACCAAGAGCCACAGGGAAUUAGUGAAAGAGCGUGAGAAAUGGAUGAGGGACACAUCAGGUUCUUUUAUUAUUGUCAGUAUUCUCCUUGUUACCAUCAUGUUUGCUGUAGCCUUUACUGUUCCAGGCGGUCUAAUGUUUUUGGGAAUUCUAACAUCGCGUCAAGCUGAAGAAGAUUUUCAUGUGUCCUUGCCUAAGAAGUUGAUGAUUGGCCUUUUCACUCUUUUUGUUUCUAUAGCAACAAUGAUGGCUAGCUUUUGUGCUGCUCUUUUGAUGGUGCUCCAAGUUCAGCGGUGGGCCUUAAUUUUUGUACUUUCAAUGGCUAGCAUUCCAAUUACGCUUUUUGUAUGGUCCCAAUUUCCCCUCUUAGUUGAAAUUUUUGUUUCAACAUAUGCUUCGGGAAUAUUUAAGAAGAAAACGAAGCGUUGGCUGAUCAGUUGAAGAGCAAGUUGCCUUUGUGACCUUGGUUAAGCAGUUUCCCUUCUAUGUGAAAUUAGUUCUAUAGCUUGUUGUUUGGUACUUCGGUUAAUUCUGUCAGAACUCUCAUCAACUUCUGUGUUUUAUUUAGUUGCUUUUUAAGAUUUGUUACUUCUUAUGAGACUGUGAUCUUCAUAUAUGUACAUUCCCUUGUGUAAAACACUUACAUAUAUGGUCAUGUCUGAUUUGGUUGCAUUUUCAGAUUUGGCGUGCUUUUUAAUUUCCUAGCAUACAAGAUUGAUGAUGUCUUGAAAUAUAUAUGAAGAUAUGCACUGGCUGUGCCUUAUAUCAGAAUCAACCCUCAAGUUAGAU